AUGGAUCAGCAGCAAAUCGACGCCGUGAUUCUUGGCUCGGCCAUCCGCCCCUUCGAGUCAUUUAUCGGUCAGUUAAUGUCCGCGGCGAACGAGCAGCACUCCCACACUGCGUCGCUCUUCAACCACUUCCACGAGCAUCACCCAGACGCCCUCGUCCUGAAGCUCAAUGUCGUCCUCCACGCCUCCACCGUCAUCGACUUACACGUCGUGUCUAACCUUCUCAAGUCCCACCUCAUCUCCGCCCUCCGCCAGGAGCCCGACCACUCCACUGCCAAGAAGGUCGCCGACACUAUCUCUGCCCUCGCAGUCUCCCUCCUCCUCCCUGACUCCACUUGGCCCGAUGUUCUCCCAUUCCUUUUUAGCACUUUUGUUGCCUCCUACACCGAUCCUCGACGAGAACCGGUUAACCAACCGGUACUUUACCGGUUCUACCGGUUCCGGUUGAAUCGGUUCCGGCCGGUUAACCAGUUGCAACUGAGAACCAGUUCCAACUGUUAUAUGCAAGCCAAGUAUUAUCAGAUGGUGCUUCCGGCAUUGGAAUUAGUAAUAAAUGAUUUUCAAAAUCCGCGUGUGCAGGGGGAAGAAGACUACCUGAGUAAUCUGCCGGACGAGCUUCUCCACCACAUCCUCUCCUUCCUCCCCACCCUCGACUCCAUCCGCAUCUCCAUUCUGGCCCGCAGAUGGCGGCACGUCUGGACUUCCGUCCCGGUCAUCGACUUCUCCUACCUCCCGCUAAAAUCCAGCAUCAUCGACCGCUUCUUCGCUUCCCGCGGCGGCGACUCUGUCUCUCGUCUUCACGUCACCGGACUCCGCCGCGUUGAUCGCGAAAAUGUCGUCUAUAAGUUGGUCGAAUAUGCCAAAUCCCACGAUGCCCGGCACGUGACUCUCCUCGAUUUCUUCUUCGAGCAAUGCCGCCUUUCUCUUUUCGACCUCCUGUUCGAUUGGCCAUCGCUCGUGUCGCUGGAUCUCCGAGUCGUCGGCUGUAAGAGUCGCACAUUAUCCAAAUGCAUCUUCAGAUUGAGCAAUCUCAAGACUCUUUCCCUCGCACUCCCCGAAAACACAAUUCGAAACGAGAGCUUAGCGAAGCUGCUCUCCGGCUGCCCUGUUUUGGAAGAACUAAAAUUGAAUGCAGACUAUCUCUGGGACGACGAACUCAUUCAAAUCGAAGCCCCAAAUCUUCUCCGAUUGACUCUGAUUCCUACUCCAACGAACCUUCAAAUCAAUUGUCAAAAGCUCGAAUAUCUAAGGCUAAAUCCCGACUUCAGUUUCAUGUACUUGCAUGUCGAAGCGCCCUCCUUGACCUCUGUUCGAUUAUACAAUAUUUGGCGCUUUAGGACAUUUGCUCAUUCGGUAUGCGAUGUGACUGCGGUAGCUAUAAUUUUAUCAGAUGAAUGUCUUUCAAGCUUUACUCCUAAAUUCUUGAGAAAAUAUAAGGCCGUCAUCCAAGGGUUUCCCAUCUUUCACAACCUGCUCGAGUUGAAGAUCAAAAUACAUGUCGCAUAGAACUUGAGCUUGGACAUCGUGUUAGAUCUUCUUCGAUGCGCACCGAAUCUGCAGUCGCUCGUUGUAACUGCGUACAAAAAGGCACGGUGGUGUGAUGAGGAUUUCGACAAGUGGGAGAAGAGUUUAUCAUCGAGUAUUAAUGAGCCAUUGGAGCAUCUGGAAAGGGUUUCGGUGAAUAUGAAGAGCAAAAGAAUCAGAUCGGCGUUUCUGAAGACUCUAUUAGAAAGAGUUCCAACAUGGGAUAGAGUAGCAGUCUCCUAUUAAAUUUUGAUAUGUUAAUAUUGAUUUUGUUAACUUUGUGACAUUCAUCCAAUGCUAUAUUUUAACAAAUUAAAUUAAUCUGGUAGAUUCUUGUUAUAAAAA